CCGGGGAGGACUACGCGGUGUCGGCUCAGCGGGAGCCUCCGCCCGUGCCACGGCCGGGCCGGGAGCAGAAAUGUGUGAAGUGCGCGGAAGGCCUGCCGGUGGUGGUGAUACGAGCGGGAGACGCCUUCUGCAGGGAUUCCGUGAUAGGAGAAUUACCUCAGAUUCGAGGCCAGCUUGGGCUGCAGAGAAAUCCUGUCAAACAGAAUCCCACAAAUUUCCUUGAUGGGCCUAGUGGUAGGAAGAUCUCUGGGGAAGCUUGUGGAGUGCCCAGACUCGAGGGAAAAGGGAUUGUUUCAAGGCAUUCUAUGUUCACAAGUUCAGAGCCAUGCUUGGGAAGAACCGACUCAUCUUUCCUGGCGAGAAGGUGCUAUUGGCGUGGUCUGGGGGGCCUUCAUCCAGCUCCAUGGUCUGGCAAGUCCUUGAGGGUCUGAGUCAGGAUUCUGCAAAACGACUUCGCUUUGUGCCAGGAGUCAUCUAUGUUGAUGAGGGAGCAGCCUGUGGCCAGAGCCUACAGGACAGGGUGAAGACCUUGGCUGAGGUGAAGCUGAUCCUGCAGAACACUGGCUUCCCGUGGCAUGUAGUUGCCUUAGAGGAGGUAGGUGGGUCUGCCCACGUGGUGACCUGUGGUAACCUUGGAGGGGAUACCCAUCAGGGCCACAUUCUUGCUUAUUGGAGCCAUCCUGUGGGCCUCUUGCCCUGGGCCUUGGCUUUCCCACUGUUUCAGAGGGCUGGUAUGGCCUCGGCCUCAAUAUCCAUUCUUACAUCCUGGAAGGUGUUCAGCUUGCCACCAUCCGUGCUGUGCUGUGCUUCCCAAGAGCCCGCAGGGACAGAGGAGGCCUACAAAACGGCUGUGGACAGCUUCCUGCAGCAGCAGCAUGUGCUAGGGUCUGAGGGCUGUGCCAGCCCAGCUCAGGGGGAGGAUCAGUCACACCCAACCCAUAGCCAGGAGCCCCUAGGCAUGGCUGGGUUCCCCACAGCUGCUCAGACUGAGGCCUUGUCUAGGUUGUUCAGUUCCAUAAAGACACUGACAGCCAAAGAGGAGCUUCUGCAGACCCUGAGGUCCCAUCUGAUUGUGCAUGUAGCCCGAACCCAUGGCUACUGCAAGGUGAUGACUGGGGAGAGCUGUACCCGCUUGGCCAUCAAGCUUAUGACCAACCUGGCCUUGGGGAGAGGAGCCUUCCUUGCCUGGGAUACGGGCUUCUCAGAUGAGCGGCAUGGGGAUGUGGUGUUGGUGAGGCCUAUGCGGGACCACACCCUGAAGGAAGUGGCCUUCUACAACCGCCUGUUUGGUGUUCCCUCGGUCUUCACACCAGCCAUCGAUACCAAGGCUCCAGAAAAGGCUAGCAUCCACCGUCUGAUGGAAGCCUUUAUCCUGAGGUUGCAGACUCUGUUCCCCUCUACAGUCAGUACUGUGUACAGGACAAGUGAGAAGCUGGUCAAGGCUCCCCGGGAGGGCUGUGCCUCUGGCCCCGCUAGCCCCAGCUGCCUCCUCUGCAUGUGUGCACUGGACAUUGACACUGCUGACAGUGCCACGGCUUUUGGGGCUCAGUCCUCCUCACAUCUCUCCCAGAUGCUGCCUGCUGAGGCUGGGAUACCUACCACCCCCUGCUGUGGUGCAGGGGAGGGUCAGGCCCAGAGCUGCCACAGGGGAGUUGGCAGGAGGGGGGAUACACAGGCCUGUGUCAUAGAACAGCUGUGUUAUGGCUGCCGGGUAAACAUGAAGGACCUGCCCUCCCUGGACCCAUUGCCACCCUAUGUCCUGGCCGAGGCUCAGCUCCGCAGUCAGAGGGCCUGGGUCUCUAAGGAAAUUCAGGAGUAUCUGAUUACAGAUGAUGAGGAAGAGGAGGAAGAAAGCAGAGCCAUCAAGCAGGAAGGCGAGAACACUGGGAUUGGUCUAUAACUGUCCAUUUGUAUAAAUAAAAAUGUUUUUACU